AAUUGCCUUCCAUUUUCGAAUCUAUGUCCCAAUUUUUAUUCACCUUAAACCAACCCUUCUCUCUCUGUCUCCCUAUUCCAGUUUUCAAUUUUUCAUUCAUGGAUGCCCACCUUCUCUUCUUCUCCUCCUAGAGGCAACUCUCUUUCUCCUCUUUCUUCUCUCUCCUUGUUUCUAUUCAACCUUCAUUUCAUGCCCCAUCAAUCAAAAUCUCAACUUUUUUAGACCCAUUUGAUUUUUUCUUUGUUCUAUUUGAGAUAUGCUGAGUUCUGCCUGAGAAUAAUACAAAAGGGGAGACUUUGCAUCUGUCAGCACUCACCACAUGAGUUUCAGAAUGAUGGCAAAUGGAGCACAGAAAACAUAGUUGGAUUUCGAUCAGUACCUGCAUCAUAGUCCUAUUGGGGUAAAAGUAUUUCCAGCUCAAAAAAUUUUGGUCUCUGCUUCCAAUUUUGUCAUCUUGUUGGGGUCGUGAUCUCCACCAUGGCAACCACAUUAAAGGGAAUCUACAAGAGUUUCAAAUUCAUCACCCAGAUUUUUGUUGUGAAGGAGCGGGAGAUGGAAAUUGGGUACCCGACAGAUGUUAAGCAUGUGGCUCACAUUGGAUGGGAUGGCCCCUCAGGAACUGGACCCAGUUGGAUGAAUGAUUUUAAGACAGUGCCUGAUUUCUCGACGUCACUAGGCAACUUAGGUGAACUAAGUGACCCCAACGCUAUGGCUGUGACAACAUCAUGGUCCUCCCAAGAUUUUGAAGAGUCCACAGGAAGCCAACCAACAUCAAACAUUUACAAAGGCAUCUCAUCUACAGGGUUUCCUCAUGUUUCUAAGAAAUCCAAGCAGAAAAAGAACAAGUCAGCUUCCUCUUCUGAGUCGCUAUCUUCAUCAAGACAAUCACGAGCAACAAAGUCAAAGGCUACAUAUAGUGAGAGAGAAGCAACACCAAUUUCUCAAAAGUAGCAGGUCCAAUAAUAUGGAAUUAGUGGGAGAGAAAAAAAGUCUUUGUGGAUAGCAAGACAGUGCUUUCAUCUGGUAAUUCAUUAGGGGAAGAAAGAAAAUAAAGGUGGCUGUAAAAGUUUUCCUGCUGUUUAGUAAAUCAUAGUCCAGAGAGAGGAAAACCAAAUUGCUGUCUACAGGCUGAGAUUGUAAGAGAAAAGCCAAAAGGUUUUUCUUGGAUGAUAGAAUAUGUGAUGAGUGUUUGGUUUUCUCUAAAUCAUAUGCAUCCUUAAAUUCGUUAGGUGUUUUGUCAGUUUUGCAGAUUAAAAUGAAUGGACAAGGAAAAUGAUAUAGUACCAAUAGAUGCCUAUUUAACAAGAU